CAGUGUGUCCUUGGCUCCAUAGACAAGCAGCAGGUUAGCAAGAGAGCUACCACUGGAUUUGACAGCUAUAGGAAGCCAAAGCGGAGGGCACCAUAAGGGGAGCAACAUUAUUUUCAUCUCGAAAGAAGAGUAAACAGUCACAUAACUCAAGAUGGCUUUCUUGAUCAAGAGCAUGAUUGGGAACCCCCUGUCAGGAAUGGGUCUUGGUGGUGGAGGUGACAAAGAAGAGGAGGCCACCCCCUCAGAUCCAGCCAAAGCAGCAGGGAUGACACGAGAGGAGUAUGAAGAGUACCAAAAACAGGUGGUGGAGGAGAAGAUGGAGAGAGAUGCAGAUUUCUUACACAAGAAGGCAGAGAGGGCGACACUCAGGGUCUGCCUCAGAGAUAAAUACAGACUGCCAAAGAGCGAGCAGGAUGAGAACAUGAUUGAGAUGGCCGGGGACGACGUGGACGUGCCCGAGGAGCUGCUCAAGAUGGUAGACGAGGACGCCACGGAGGAGGAGGGCAAGGACUCCCUCAUGGGCCAGAUUCAAAACUUGCAGAACAUGGACAUGGACCAGCUGAAGGAGAAGGCCUCGGCCACCGUCACUGAGCUGAAGAGCAAAGCAGAGGAGAAAUGCUCCGUCAUGUGAAGAAGGGAUGUGAUGAGGAAGAAAAAAGGGAGAAGAGAAUAACACAAGAAAAUGAAUUUCAACACUUUCUGGGAAUCUACAGACAGAGCUGUGUUAAAAAGUCUGGGAUUCAGUCACACUGUAAAACGCCUACAAAGCAUUCACAUCUAUUAUAAGCACUAAAAAAGGCUAAUCACCUUCCUUAAAUAAAAAAAAAAAA